CUGUGUAUGUGUCUUGACUUGUCUCGCACCGAUUUAGUAGCUGAAAAGCAGUCAGGUUGCAGGGCGGACGGAUGUCGAUGUGUACACACACAAACGGUAUCUUUCUUUCAAUCUCCCUGAAGAAGUACCUAGCUCGGAAGGGGGGGUGCAUACCCAUUUUUUGCUACUGUUUUCAUUAUGACUGCAUGCUUGUUUCCGCUGGGGAGAAAUGUCUGUCUGUAGCAUUAGAUGCUUUCAUCCGAAGUGACGCACAAUAAGUACGUGCCGAAGACCAGCAGAAGAAAUACAAACGCAGGUCAGAACAUCACAUCCCGGUGAGCUGUUUGUGAGAUGACUAGGGGGAGAAUGACGGAGUGUAGCUCCGUGGGUAAGGAACCGAAAGGUCAUAGGUUCGAUUCCCGGGAAAGGACACUGCCGUUGUACCCUUGAGCAAGUCACAGACGUGUCUGAGGCAGUGCAGAAUGCUUCUCAGGGGGUCACUACUGGGCUUCUGUGACAGUUUGGCAUCCUGGACCCUGAAACCUUCCAGCUAGAGAUGCCCUUGAUAUCCCAUGAUGCAGCGCUGUGGCAUAAGGGGAAGGAGCUGGUCAGAAUAUGGAAGAAAAGGGCAGCCCCAGUGGAGGGUGAACCUGUCUGCUCAUUAGCUGAUGACCACCAUGGGUCUCCAUAUCAGCUACAAGGUGCUAGCGCCACUCUGCGCUACAAGCUCCCUGUCCUCUGGACUGUGUGGAUCUCUCUCUGCUGAUUCGUUACGCAAGCUUGUGGCUGUUCACGUACGGAGGCGCCAGACGGGCCAGCGCGCCGUAGCAUCUGAAGCACGCUCUCGCGCCAGGCUGCGUCUGCCGGACUCAUCCGUCCAUCCGUCGGUUCCUCCGUUCGUCCGAUCCGAUCCGGUCCGGUCCGGGGCUGGGCUGGGCUGGGCUGGGCUGGGCUGGGCUGGGCUGGGCGUACCCGAGAGCGGGUUUUUGGAGGGGACCGGUCGUAGCUUCGCUUCCCUCUUUGGCUCGGCUGGGGCCUCCUGACAUCACCGAGCGACGCUGACGGUCCGGGGGCCACGAACGCCGUGAUCCCGGCGAACAGGUGUCGGCCUGCAUGGAUUCGCCCGGUGAGCUCAGCUUCGUCUCGGAGCAUGACUCCGACUCCGACUCCGACUCCUCUGACUCCUGCGCUCGCCGGCGGAGACAGAGAAAAAAGAAGAAGGAGGAGGAGGAGAAGAAGAAGAAGAAGAAGAAAAAGGUGAAGACGAAGAAGUCGGAGGGCGGUGUCGCGGCGAAUCCCGCGCUUCCCAGCGGCGGCUCGGGCGGGAGGGAGACGCCCAGGAUCGCCGAUGGCCCGACGGCGGGACAGACAAACGGGGCCUUCGAACCCGACACUGAGGGCUGAAGGCAGCCCGAAUCACUGAAAAAAAAAGCCUUUUAGCGCAUGCAAAAACCAACAACGCGACCAGUGAUUGGCCGUCGUAUUCGUUUCGGACCAAUCGUUGGUUGUGUUACUAGCUUUUUUGUGUGCUAAGAGGGUUUUGGACGUGUCAAUGGACUUGGUAAAUUGGUCUGCUACUUGGGAAAACCCCCUUUGAUCUGAUUUGGAAAAACUGCCAAACUGACAGGACGCUGUGGGGUUUAAACUGAAGAUUCCCUCCCCUGCGCAGUUCAGCGGGGCGUUCUUUCUCCAGAACUUUCUCCAGAACUGGUUCCUGGAGAGCUACUCGAUGACUGAUAGCUGCCUCGAAGUAGGUGAACUAAACCAGGAAGAAGCACGGGAGAACGGGAUUGCAAGGAAUGUCGAACUGCUUCGGGACGUCGAAUCACCUGACAUCCUCGGAUAAAAUCAUAGACCUCUGCUGGAAACUGCAUUUGCUUCCUUAGCAAAAACAAUUAUGCUGUGUUACAUUGUAGAGCUCUUCAGCAAAUUAAGCCAGAGCUGUUUAACAAAAACUGCGCAGACACACACACCCACACAGUUUCACACACACACACACACACAAACACCACACACACACACACAACACACCCACACACACACACACACACAACACACUCACAGUUUCUCACUCACUCACACUCUCAAACACACACACAAACACACUCACGGUUUCUCACACACAUACGCACUAACACACCACACACACACACACACACACACACACAGUCACAUAUGCACACUGGCCAUUCACUAUAGCCAUGACUUAUACCAUGAAGUGAGAAUUUUUUUUUUGUGUGUUAAGCUUGAAAGGCACAGGUAGAGCAGGUAGAUGAACAGCAUGAAUCUCUGUUCUUUACCUGCCUUUGUCACCUUACAGUAAUUCACCUGACAGCUCAGUCUAAUUCAAACAGCAGCUUUGAAAAGCCCCCCUCCUAUAUGCACAGAGCUGAGGUUUUACAUUCUGGCUUGUCUGACACAUAUGGUGCUGGUGCUGACUGGAGAUUACACUUUGAGUUUGUGACAAAACUCUAGUUCACAAGACAUGUGUGAAGCUGUCAAUAGCUGCUGGAUAUUUCAAGAGAUUAGACUGAGGACAGUUUUUUGUGUGAUACUUUACAUUAUUUUUUUAAGGUUUCAAGUUAAUGGUUUGUUUUGGUUCAUCGUGAUUAUUUUUUGUUAUGCGUCGUUUGAUUCUUUUUGCCACAAAUAAAAAAAAAAUUUGAUACAUA